AUUGCUAUAAUAUAUUUUUGAGAAAUGAAAUAUAUCGUACUACUAGGACUAGUCUUAGCUGUUACCUUCGCUCAGGUUCCAGUACCAGAUCACCCACAAGGAUAUCUUUACAGAGAGGCUCCUUUGGCUAAACUCAGAAUGGAUAUCUAUGAAGACUUACUCUGUGGAGACUGCAAGAACUUUGAUCCUCCAUUCAAGCAAUUCUUGAACACCACUCAUGAUGGAAGGCCGAUUACCGACUUCAUUGAGGUUUACUUCCAUCCUUACAUCCUCCCAAUUCAUAUUAAUGCUUUUACUAUGACUCAGUUGACUCCUUACAUUUGGGACUUGAACCAUGACGGAGAAGUAAAUGCCGCUUUCAACGAGUGGGCCUUUGAGCACCAGCUUGAGUUCAAGGGACCAGAAGGUAUGGCUAUGAGCCAAUACGAUGUUAUUGAUAAAACUUGUCAUGACACUGCUGAUAGGUUCGGAUAUACCGAAGCCGAAUGCCUCGAUGUUCUUAGAAAUGGUACGUACGAACAAGAGAUCCACAAGGUACAGAAAUACGGAACUUGGUACAGAGUCUAUACUACUCCAGGAGUUUUCUUGAACGGAGUUAUGAUAGAAGAUAUCCCAGAGACCGCUGACGCAUGGACUAGAUUUAUCAACCGCUACCUCAGAUAAACUAACCUAU